ACCCAAUAACACCCCUCUCACCUUCUCUCUCUCUCUCUCUCUCUCUAUAUAUCUAUUUUCUCCUCAAAAAAAAUAAAAAUGGUUAGUCUCUCCUACCCUAAAGCCCCAUCAUCAUCAACUUCAUCUUCAACUUCAUCUUCAUCUUCAUCAUCAUCUUCUACCACUUGUUCAUCCUCUCUUACAACCAUGAAGGUGAAAACCCUAAUCCACAACCUAAUAUUUUCCCACAUUUGUCGCGUUAUCCGAGCGCUCUCUAAGGCCAAAUCCAUAUUCCUAGAGAUUUUCCGGGAUAAUCAACUCAUGUACUUGAAACAAACCAAGAAGAAGAACAAGUAUAGGAAGAAAAUACUAUUUGGCUCUUUUAGACUUCAUUACAAUUGGUGCUCGUCUUCAGCUCACGUCUUGCCUAUUCCAUCACCAGCAAUACUAGAGACUUUCUGCAACACUACUCCUAAUAAUAUAUACUAUGACUCUACAUGGAAUUCUGCUUACGCCACCGAAGAAGGUGAUGAUCAUCAAGGUUGUAAGAGUAAUAAUGGGAAUGGUAAUGGUAAUGGUAAGGACCAAGAAGAGGAAGGUCAACUCUCAAGUUAUCUACAAUGGCUAGAAGAAAAGGGUUGCAAUAAUACUAAUUUAAAUGAAGAAGAUGUUCUUAAUAAUGAAGAGAAUGAGAUUGAUAAGCUUGCUGAUAUGUUUAUUGCAAAUUGUCAUGAGAAAUUCAGGUUGGAGAAGAUUGAGUCUUACAGAAGAUACCAAGAACUUCUUGCUAGGACUUUGUGAAUCAACCUCACAAACAAACAAAACAAGAUAGAAAUAAGGGGGUGUUUAAAUUAGAGUAUAAUGGAUUAAGUAAAUUAGUUAGUUAAUUAGUACUUAGCUUAGUUAAUUUAAACUAGAUAUCUUAUUUUAUUUUUCUUUUAUUUUUGUUUUGUUUUGGGAGAAAAUCAGGUAAGAUUUUAGGUGGCCGAUUGUAAAAGUGAUUUUCUUGAAUAUAAUAUGUGUCUUUAAUUCUCUUUUUCA